CAUGUAACUCAUUGCCCUUUAAUUGGAAGGAUGACUGCAAAGCGGCUAGCAGGGAGAGAUUGUUCUCGAUGUAGAAUCCACAUUUAUGCAUUCAUUCUGAGCGCAACCAUGUAACCAGGUCAACAAGGUGCCGCUCUGCAGUGGUGUAGGUGGAAGAUUGGCAGCACGCUAUUAGGAACUGGGAGAAGCUAAAGAGGAGAGAGACAUUUAUGUUAUCUCUGCCUCCAGAUGGGAUCCCAACCUACUGAGCAUUUCUGGGUAGUCUUUAUCAGAGCUCUGCACAUCAUGAAAAUGACUUUUUAAACUCUCAGCCAGGGAGUACUCUCCACCCCAACUUGACUUAUACUGCUCAGGAGAGAACUCCUCCUUGGAGAAACCUCUCCAAGUCAGUUUCCCUUCUCUUUGCAAGCGCAAGAGUGCAAGAUACCUUGGAAUAAAGAGAAUUAUCAAGGCAAAGGACAGCUGCACUGGCUGAAGUUGGAGUGAAGAAACAACUUAUAAAGUCUCAGUGCCUCCAGACCCUUGUUUGUGGAUUGUGAGCACACUUCUACCAGUAAGCUGACUGUUGGGCAUGAUCAGUGACAUCUGAAUUGCUUGAAGAAUCCACUGGGUGAUCUUUGGUUGAAGAACUGUCACCAAAAUUUUGGAGAGUAAAAUACAAACUCCAGAACUCAAGGAAAAAACAAGAAAGAAACGAAUGCAAGGGUUCUUUGCUUGAGCUCAGUGUUUUUUACAAUGUCUUGGGAGGACUCCAGGAUGUCAGUGCUUCUUCUGGCCAGUAUUCUGUUGCUGAUCUUGCAAAGAUUGGCAGUGUCCCACCUUAUGAUGGAUAUGGCUCUACAUUCCUUUGAUGAUCAGUACCUGGGUUGCAGAGAGCAGAUGAUGGAAGAACUGGAGCGGGGAGACUAUUUCAGGAAGGAAAUAGCUGCUAGUAAAAACUAUUUGAACCUCUGGAAGAAGGCUCAGGAAGCUUUGCUGAAGAGCCCUGUAGGUCUCCUGAGGGAGAUGCAUGAUAGUCAUGCCACCGUCCUCAUGGCUUACACCAUGAAUUCUUCCCUGCACUCUCAACUGAACUGGGCCACAUCCACAGCAGGAAGGUCUCCAGAGCAUUACAAACACAACUUCAGCUACAAAUAUUUUCACUUUUACCUAACGACAGCUAUCCAGAUAAUGAAGCAGUGGCAGAGCAGCAAGGACAGCGUGGGGAAACGUCACUGCUACCGGGUGCACAGAGGUGUGAAGGACUUAUAUAUUGAAGCUACAGUUGGCAGCAUGGUGCGAUUUGGCCGUUUCACCUCCACCUCUCGCCUCUGGAAUGAAGCCCAGAAAUUUGGGAACGAAACUUUGUUUACGGUGACAACCUGCCUGGGAGCAGCUAUGCAAGGCUUUUCUUACUACACAUCUGAGAAGGAAGUCCUCAUUCCCCCUUAUGAGAUAUUCCUUGUCAAAAACUUCUUUCGGACACAGCAUGGUAACCGGCUCCACCUGCAUUCUGUGGGGAACUACAGCAGGUACCGCUGCCAGCUCUUGGAAGCUUCAAGAAUCAAGAACAGUGGAUCUACUGCCUCUGCCUCCGUCAUUCUUUUUAGUGUAGUUGGAGUUUUAUUGUGCUGGGCCAAGCAAUGACUGAUUCUCUGGCUACAUCCAGGUAUAUACACUUGAAUAACAGACAAGAAAAACAGCUGGGUGAACUGCUUGGCUUUCUGAGCAUCUCCAUGAAAGCUUGGUGCUGCCAUUCCAUUGGAAACCCUGUGUCAAGAAAUGCAGCACCUUAGGCAGUUGAGAAAUGCUAGCAUUAGAAAUGAGAGCACUUAGGGAACGUGAGUAUCUUUGUUUUUUGGGAAGACUGAAACGAGUUGCCGGACACUCAGUUUUUCUGACAUCAGAUAUAGACACAUGCAAUGGCAGAGACCAUCAUGUAAUUACUUAAAUGUAGUAGCUGAACAGCUGCUGCUACAGAAAUCCUGAAACACGUUUGCGUGCACAGUUUGAACAGAUUUUACGAUUACUAUUUUACGAUUAGCUUGUUCUGUAUGUAUAUUUCACACCACAUUAUUGUUUCCUUUGCUUUACCAUUCAUUUCAAAUAAUUGAUUGACAGAACUUUAUUAUUAUUCCUAACUGCUCAGAGACACUAAGUACACAUUUCAAAAAGGACUGGGAAGAUUAGAAACAGCUGUCACAGGUACGUCUUGAAUGUGUGUGUUCAAGCUUGCUCGAACUCCUUCCUAUGUGAAAGUUAAAGAAAUCAAGGUGGACUUCUAACAUGCUGGCACAUUUGUGUCUCUUGCAACUUUUCUGUUAUUGCUGGGAUGCAGUUUUCAAUCAUUUUAACAAAGAUUUGGAACGCUUCACACGGCGGCCUCAGCACCCUGAAAGCUUCUUCCAAGCUGUCAGCUGCUACUUUCAGGCUUUUCUUUACGGACUUAUGUCCUCGGAGGAGGGUCUGUAUGAAAGCAAAAAGUGAAGAGUUGGAGGAUACAGAACGAAGCCUGAGCUGUUGUGAUGUUUCACCUGAAGAGGAGCUGUCUUCUGUAGUACUUGGUGUCCCAUUCUGUUGCAGCAUCUUAAUGAUAUCAGCAUAGUCCAUGAGAAGUUCUGAUACAUGGAGGGAUAAAGCAGGUGAACUCAGUAACUGCUCUAUAGCAGACUCGACUGUGCCAGGGAAAUUAUCAUGUUUUAACAACACUGCAACCAGUGCACCCAAGAUACUUCCUAUAAUCCCCUUAUAAUGAUCAUAGAUAUCUUUUACUGCAGCCAUUUUUUCCUGUAGAGAGAUGAUGCGACCAGUAAUUUUAGCACACAACCUUUCCUUCAUGCUUUCCUGUACAUCUCUGUCUCUUGUUUCCAUUGUGGCUUGCAUGUCUUUUAAAGCAUUGACAAGGAGCUGCAGGUUCUCUUUAAUGCUGAAGUUUUCUUUUACUGUCAUGGUGGGGAAGCUGGUGCCAAGAUGGUGAUUGAGGAUCUGGAAUAUUGCAUUAGUUGAAGAGACAUAAAUGUACACUAAUUCAUAGAGAUUCUUGCAGGCCUUCAGCAGCCUUUCUUUGUCACUGCUAAAACCGAGGCGGGCUAACAUUUCUGAAGGAGGUGCCUGUCUCUGAAAAGCAAACAGAGGAAAUCCAGAUGACAAAGAGGGAGAAAUACAAAUAUUUUCAGCUAGCAUGUCACAUUUUUGAAAUCAAUAUUACAAAUUAUCAAACCACCUUACUCUUCCCACAAGACCUCAGUGUUAGAAAAAAACACAGAAAAAACUCUUAGUCAACCUUUGCAGUGGUCUUACCAAACUGGCCAGCAAAAUAUGGUGUCAGAAGCUGCAGGUAUGGGUAUUCUUAUGGAUGCAGGAGUUAUGAAUCUGACCCUCAGCAUGUCAUCUGAAAAGCAA